UGGCUUUAUGCGAAAGUCUGUGCUCUGGCCCUGGAGCUCUGAACAUGAGAAAAAUAAGAAGUAAUUCCAAAUACUGGAAAUUGACAUUUUCUGUAAGAAUAAGUGGGAUUAAUUACAUUAAAACAAAUAAAUUUUCCAAAUACAAUUAUCUAUAAUUACAGAAUGAUUUGUCGAAAACUUUGCCAAUCAUUUAGGUUAAAAAAUGUAGGUUAUAUCGAUGAUUUGAAUCAAUUUAUUUACAAAAAGCAACCUCUUGUAUUACAUUGCAACGCAGUCAAGAAUGAGUAUCUACAACUCAGAUUGCAACCACCAAUGGUCAAUUUUUGUACUCAUGAGAUGCCUAAGAGUGCCAAUGUUUUUGGAGAUAUCUCAGGCAGGAAGUUUGAAAAUGUUAAAAUGGAUGAGUUUGAGCAGGAGCAAGAGAAAUUUGAGGAUACUGAAGCUUGUAUUCCACAUCGACUAAAACCCAGUAUAGGCCAAUAUGGACAAAUGAUUAAGUCAUAUUUGUCCAAAAAAGACAUUGACUCUGCUCUGAAAGUGCUUGAUUUGGUGAAGGAAAACCGAGACAAACCUACUGUAUAUAUGUACAACCUUCUGAUGCGAGCUCUCUCUAUGCAGGGUGAUCUAAAGAAAUGCUUUAGUUUAUAUAACAAGUUAAAGAAACGUGAUUUAAAACCAAACGAGGCUACUUACACUUGUUUGUUCAAUGCAUGUGCCAUGUCGAGUAAUAAAGAGUUGGCUUUGGAGCAUUUAAACAAUCUACGACAGUCAAUAUACGAAAAGCAAAUUCUGCUAAAUCAGACUCACUACAAUGUCAUGAUAAAAGCAUACAGUUGGCAUAAUCAAAUUGGUGAAGCGUUUCGAUUAGUAGAUGAGAUGAUGGACAAUCGUAUUGGUAUAGGAGAUUGCACUUUUAACUCGUUAUUUCAUGCUGCAAUUACAGAUAAGGAGAAUGGUCUGAGACAUGCUCUGACAGUAUGGCACUUAAUGUAUCGUUGGAAAGUCAAGCGCUCUUUGACUACAUAUAAUCUGCUUCUAAGAACAAUAAGAGAUAGCAAAUUGGGAAAUGUGAAAAUUGACAAUGUUCUUCUCCCUGGAUAUGAAUCAACUAAAAUCUUGUUGAAGGAAGGUGUCAAGCCAGAUUUGUUAUCAUCACCACCCAUUGUGAGCACGUUAUUGCUAUUGACCAGGACAGAACAACAAAAUGUUACACAACAUUCUCUUGUUGCAACAAAUGAGCAGAACCUUCCACAGGAAGCAUCAAUAAACUUAAAUAAUACGUUUAUGAACAAUCGCCUAAUUUUAUUUGGUGGCAUUGAAGGAUUUUUAAAUCGAAUGGCCUCUGAUGAUGUUAAACCAGAUGCCAAAACGAUUACGUUGUUGUUAGAUUUAAUUCCGAAUACAGUGACUGCUGAAAACUUGCUGCUGAAAAUUGCAGAUGAGAAAAAUAUUCAGUUAGAUAUUGAUUUUUAUAAUAUGCUUAUCAAGAGGCGUAGUAUACGAUUUGAAUAUAAAGCUGCAAAGGAGGUGAUACAAAUAACAGAAAAGAAGUCGCUCCGUCCAAACGUGAUGACGUUUGGAGUUCUGGCACUUGCUUGUCAAGAAUAUUACGACUUCAAAGAAUUUUUGGAAGGAAUAGAAGCUUUCGGUUAUAAACCCAAUGUUAUAAUCAUGACUGCUCUUCUCAAAACAGCUUGUAUUAAGAACAAUUUAGGAUGCCUCUUGUUCGUGAUGGAUUACAUGGUGAUGAAUAAAAUAAAACCUAAUGAACAAACUAUCAAAAUAUUGAAGGAAUUUUCAAAAAAGAUACCAAAUAUGCGGAAACCAAAGGGUAAAGGCAAAUUACGGAAAUUGAGAAGCUUAGAAAACAACGUCUAUAGAUUUGAAGAAACAUUCUCUAAAUGGCAAAAAAAAAUUGAAGAAAAUAAUUUGUAACAUAUUAAAAAAUAUUAUUUCUAUAAAGAAUAUAACACAUGAAUUUCUUUGGUAAA